AUGACCCAAAACAACACAUCUUCCUUUGGCUCUAGAUUGCCAUACUUCUUCCAACAGGGACAAUCCCUCGUACAAGGAAAUACCGACACCGUUCAGAGUGUAAUCACGGAACUUGCGACAGAAGAAGGUAUUAUCUCUGUCCGAGAGAUGAUAGAUGAGCAUAUCCCUUUUUGCAAGAAUGAUAUGGAACGAAUCAAUCUUUGGAGAGCUUGUAUUCGACCUUUUUUCCAGAUACUAACCGAGCCGCGAGUAGCGCGGUCCGCGAUACUGGAACCACAAACGGGAGCUAUAUAUGCUGUUGUUGUCGGGUUCAAUGCCACUAGGCUUGAGAUUCUUUUCAAUUUUCUGCUUGGACUGGCCGCCAAGUGGAAGGCUCCGUUUAUCCAGGUCGGUGAUGGAUCUAAGGAUCAAUUCUUGGAACUCUGCGUCGCAAUUCUGUUCAGAACAGUUGACUACAAUGUCCAAGGAGUGAACGGAGUAAUUAUGCGGCUAGUUGGUAAACUACGGGAUGUUAUCGAUGGGCUUGACCGUAGCUUUUGGAGUCUACAGGCGACGAAGCGUCUUGACUACAUUCAAACACGUCUCGGUAUGGUGAAGAGUGCUGCCCAAGGCGCUGUCUCAAAUCCUCAUUUGCCUUACCAUGCUACUUUCACACAGUUCAUUGAUCUUCCCGGAGCUCUGUCAAAGCGGGGACCACGCCACGAUAAUGACUUUGAAGAUAUAGGCAAUAUUCGGAUUUUACCAACCAUGUCAGAACUCAUGUCUGACCGGCAAGAUUAUCGACCAAUGCGCGAACUUUCCCAGUUACAUUUACCGGGAAUUCAAGGGUUAAUCGAUCGUCACUUUCGAUUACUUCGAGAAGAUACGGUUGGGCAGUUGAAGGAAGGUAUCAGCCAAGAGCUUCGAGUUCUCGAAAACCCCGGCGAUAAACCUCUAUCUUACGAGAUACAGAACUAUGGUCGCAAGUAUUCGUACAGCAUUGUGGAUGUUGUUGAUACUACGUGUACACGUAGGCGUGGGCUUGAGUUUCAUCUGAGACUCAAACAGCCGCCACCAGCGAGCGAAAUGACACCUGAAGGGCGUGGAGACUGGUGGAACAUGUCGAAGCGCUUGGAGAUCGGCGCUCUCGUUUGUUUCUUGGAAAGAGACACUGCCGUAUUCUGUGCCGUCUCUGAAUCUACCGUCAGACCUAAGAUUGACCCACUCCGUAAACCCACCAGCGGAAUCCGAAAUCGCCCAACUGUCGAAAAGCGCGAUCUACACAGUAAUGCGGAUUUCGCAUACGUCAGCCUAAGCUUAGCCGAACCCAGCGAUACGGAUCUCAGAGUAAUGCUUCGCGCCAUAGGAUCAAAGAAACCUACCCAGAGAUCCUUGGUCGAGUUCCCCGGAGUGUUGGUGCCGUCAUUCAAGCCGACUCUAAGCGCACUUAAACAGAUCUCCAAGACGUUAGAUCUUCCAUUUACUAACCUUCUUGCACCAGCACCAGGUAGUCCGGCUCAAGUUGCCAUUCCGCCUCCUCUGUACACGGCGAAACCCAACUUUGCCUUCAGUUUGAAGUGUCUUACAUCUGAUGGAAGUAACCCACUUUUCGGACCUAAAAACAACUUAAACGCUCGUGAUCUUUCCCGUCGAUCCAGACUAGAUGAGGGGCAGGCUCUAGCUCUUUUGAACGCACUGAAGAGAAGCCUGGCAUUAAUCCAAGGACCGCCGGGCACAGGAAAAAGUUACACUGGUGAGGCAAUUAUCAAAGUUCUUUUGGCGAACAAGAGCACGACAGAAAUUGGGCCUAUCAUCUGCGUCUGUCGCACCAACCACGCCUUAGACCAGCUUCUUGAAAAUCUCUGGCACGGUGGAGUGAAGCAGAUUAUCCGGAUUGGUUCGAGAUCCCAGUCUUCGAUCCUUAAGAAUGUGAACCUACGCAAGGUUGCACAGGAAGUAGAGCGCACCAAAUCCGAGAAAACGGCAUUAUGGAAAUCUGCUACAGCAUUAGAGAAAGCAGAGAAAGCAUUGAAGACAUUCAUAGAAGGGAUACGGACAUCACUAGUCUCCGAAGGGGUAAAGGAGCACAUCAAGACUACGGCGAUUCUAUUCCAUGAGGCGAUAUUUAACACGGAGCCGGGUCAGUGGACUCCAAGUACCACCGAGAAUGAUAACGCCCACUUACGCCGCUGGGUUGACGCGGGUAUGGUAUCAGAGAAUACACCCAGAGCAGUCGAUUUCCUAGUGAAACAAGAUCCCAAUACACUGAGCCAACAGGAACGAUCCGUUCUCGGCAAAAUGUGGGUAUCUGCCAUCGUAUCUGAGUUGGAAGUCGAGUUUAUCUCUCUUCAUCGCGACCAUUGGCAUGCUAAGAAGAGACAUGAGACGGUCCUAAGUGAAGUUGACCUUCGCGUACUUCGAGAUGCCGAUAUAAUCGGCGCGACAACCACGGGUCUGGCCAAGAAUCUGAAGGUAUUUCGAAAACUUGACUCCAAGGUUCUACUUUGCGAGGAAGCGGGUGAAGUUCUCGAGAGCCACAUCUUGACAGCGUUGCUCCCAUCGGUGGAACACGCCAUCCUCAUUGGGGAUCAUCUUCAAUUGCGUCCCCACAUUGAAAACUACGAGCUGUCUGUAGAAAAUCCUCAUGGAGAACAAUACUCGUUAGACGUGUCUCUUUUUGAGAGGCUCGUUAAGCCUUUCCAACCAACCGAUUUGAAACUACCGUUUGAUAUGCUUGGGACACAGAGGCGAAUGCACCCGUCGAUCUCCAACCUGAUCAGAAGCACUAUCUACCACAACUUGAAAGAUUCUGAGCAAGUUAGUGAUUAUCCCGAAGUAUCUGGGGUGAAGAAGCGACUCUACUGGUUCCACCAUGAACAUCCCGAAUCAACAUUUAGUCCAAAUAGCCUGUUGGAUACGUCUCGGACGAACUAUUUCGAGGUUGAGAUGAUUUGCGCUUUCGUAUCUCAUCUUGUACGCCAAGGUGUUUACGGCCAUGACGACAUUGCGGUCAUUACGCCAUAUCUUGGUCAGUUGCAUAGGCUGAGACAUAGGCUUCAAGAAUCGUUUGAAGUUGUGAUGGAAGACGAAGACCUCGAAGACCUGCAGAAAGAAGGUUUCGAGGAGGCUCCUAGUGUCUACAAACAAGACUUAGGAAGCUGCGUACGGCUCGCGACAGUCGAUACCUUCCAGGGAGAAGAGGCGAAGAUCGUUAUCAUUUCCCUGGUACGAAGCAACCCAGAUUGGCAAUGUGGUUUCAUGAAAUCUACGAACAGAAUCAAUGUCACUCUCUCACGAGCUAAGCAUGGGAUGUAUAUAUUCGGAGACUCGAAUACGUACGGUGCAGCCCCUAUGUGGUCACACAUCAUCUCCAUACUAAAAUCGACCGGGAAUCUUGGCACUAGCCUUCCCCUGCAAUGUCCAAGACACAAGGAUACACUUAUCGAGAUAUCAGGCCUUGAAGACUUUGAUCGAUUAUCUCCCGAAGGAGGUUGCGAUGCGCAAUGUCUCCAGACACUCGAGUGUGGCCAUAUGUGCCCCAGUACGUGCCAUGCAGCACAAUUACAUAAGGUCACCAAAUGCCAUGAGCGAUGUUCGUUGUCGAAUAAACCCUGUGGCCACGACUGUUCGAACCGUUGUGGAGAGCCAUGUGAAGAGGAUUGCUCAACAAUACUUGAAGGGAAAAGGCUCCCUCUACCGUGUGGGCACUUCUUGACUUCUCCCCGAUGCUGGCAGACUUUGGUGCCCGAACAAAUUAAAUGCACUCAACGCAGGAAGAUAUCUUUGCCGGGUUGCAAUCAUAGUGUGGAGGUACCUUGCCAUGAGGAUGUCUCCGCCGGAGACAUUAUAUGUCGCGCACGGUGUGAUCAUACUCUCUCAUGUGGUCAUAGAUGUCCAGGUACUUGUAAUACUUGCAUUGUUCGCGAAGGUGGGAGAGUUGUGGAGGAAACUCACCAAGCUUGCAUGAGCAUUUGCGGUAGAAGCUACGGCGCUUGCGGUCAUGUCUGUACACGACCGUGUCAUCCAAAUGAGGAGUGUCCUCCUUGUGAUAUGGAUUGCGAUGUUCAAUGCGAACAUAUGAUCUGCCGCGGGAAAUGUUCUGAGCGAUGCGCUCCUUGCAAGAUGGAUAAAUGCUCGUCCAGAUGUCCCCACAGCCGUUGUACCAUGCCGUGUGCGGCGCCAUGCAAUUGGAUCCCAUGCUCCAGACGUUGCAAGAAGGUCUUACAACCUUGUGGUCAUCAAUGUCCAUCUCUUUGUGGUGAGGUCUGUCCCGAUGAAAAAUAUUGUCAGGUUUGUGCAUCUGAAAAUAUCAAGAGCACUAUGGUGGACAUGAACAACCUCCGAGAGUAUCGUGACGUUGAUUUGGACUCGGACCCUUGCAUCUUCCCAAAUUGCGGCCAUGUGAUGACAGUAUCGAGUAUGGAUAGCCACUUAGGCAUGUCUGACUACUAUGACUGUCUUGAUGAUGGUACGGUCAUCGCUAUCAAGGGUUCAUACAAACCCCUUUCGAGCGUUACCAUCAAAGCUUGCCCGAAAUGCCGAGGAAGUUUGCGGAACAUUUCCCGGUAUGGAAGAUUAGUCCGUCAGGCCUUGCUGGAUGAAUCGACUAGAAGAUUCGUUCGGUGGUCGUAUGCUCAAUCGGUUAUGCUAGAACGACGCCUUCUAGACGAGCAACAACGACUAGAGUACCCGAAUAAUUCCGAGAAGCUUCUUGAAUUCUUUAGCAAAGGAGGCAAGCAUGAAGUGGGCGGCCGUCAGCUUGAGCACAUAAUAGCCAUUGAAAAUUGGAUCAACAAUGGUCGAUAUAAGAAGAUCAUAGCUCUUUUCUUCGAUAUGUUCAAUCGUAUGGAUCAUAUUAGAGACGAAGAAAGGCCAUACAGACGAGUAUUUGACUGCGUCGAGGUUCGCCGUAUCAAAGGCGUAACAAGCCAACCUGAUUUCAAUCCUUCUUGGGUUCAGACUUGUGGUGAGCUUUCAGCCAGGGUCAUACUUUUCCGUUGUUACCUUAUGGUGUUGAGCGACUUCAUAAAGUUGAGAAAUGAUGCGCCAGAGAACGGUGCCACAAUACACUUCUGGUUGGACCAACCACUCGAGAGCUGUGUGAUGUUGAUUAAGUUGGCGCAGGCGACCGGUUAUGUCGUCCAAGAAGCGGAAGGCCACCUCUUCUUUGCGCGACUCAUCGCUCUCAUCCAACAGUUAGCUACAUCCAAGGAACGCGGUGAUCUCGAGGCAGUUGGUUUAUCUAACGCCAUCAUAACCAAGGCCAAAGCCCAUUAUUCAGAAGCGAAGAAUAUCGUAUCUGAGCAUCGAUCGGCCGCAUACCUCGGAAAGGAAUUAGACGGCGUUGGGAAGAUGCUUAAUUGCGGUGUUUUUUAUGGUGGGAUGUCGGCGCAAGAACGGCGCAUCAUCUACAGGGAAACGGCUAAACGAUUCAGCGGAACUGACCCUUGGUACACCUGCGCCCACGGCCACCCAUUUACCGUGGCAGACGGUACGUUUCCUAUGCCUAAGUGCCCGGAAUGUGACGCGCCUGUUGGGAAGAUCGACCCCUAAUUCGAGGUUCGUGUUAAGCACGGCGAGGUCGUUGGUGUUGUCAUAAAUCCCUCUUUCUCGUUAUCGCUUUUAUAAACACGUAAUCGGCUCGCUAUAGACACUUU